CAACGGCCCUGUUUGGUAGGGCUUAUUUCGCUUUCUCAGCGCUCUAACAAACUGGCAACCAUGACGGUGGUCCAACAACACCAACCAAUGACUUCUCCAACAGUUGAGAGAAGACAAGAAGAUGAUUAAAUUUUGUACUACGUACAGCCUCUGAGUAUGAGCCUCAAAAGUGGAAGAAUAGAGAUUGAAGAAGAAGAAGAAAGACAAUGAUGAUGAUGAUCAAAGAGCCACCGCUUCCUCAACUGCAACCACCUUUUCCUUCAUCUCUUCUCAUCUAUUUGUAUGUCGGCCACUUCUUGGCCAGAUGGGGUGCCAGGAUGUGGGAAUUCUCUGUUGGUUUGUACAUGAUUGAUGUUUGGCCAGACUCAUUACUCCUAGCUGCUCUUUAUGGUGUGGUGGAAUCUGCCUCUACUGUAAUGUUUGGCCCCCUUAUCGGACAAUGGGUUGAUAUACUACCAUAUGUCAAGGUUAUCCAAAUAUGGUUGUUAACACAGAAUCUGUCUUUUAUUGUUGCUGGAGGCUCAGUGAUUGCACUGCUGGUUUACUCAGACUUGACGUUUACAAAUUUCAUGGCGUUCGUGUCACUUGUCGUAGUAAUCAAUCUUUCUGGAGCUCUUGGCAUGCUUUCCACUGUUGCUGGAACCAUCUUGAUCGAAAGAGAAUGGGUAGUGGUGAUGUCAGAAGGCCACGCUCCAGAAUAUCUGACACAGAUGAAUUCAGUUAUCAGACGGAUUGAUUUGAUCUGCAAGCUAUUUGCACCGGUGGUGACUGGCUUCAUCAUCAGCUUCGUAUCCCUAAAAGCAUCUGCAUUGGCUUUAUCAAUCUGGAACACUCUCUCGGUUUGCUUGCAAUAUUGGCUUUUAAUGUCUGUAUACAAUGGGAUACCGUCUUUGAGAGAGAGGAACCAAAAGAGGGUGACAAGACAUUCACCAAUGCCAGAAGAGAGUCCAUCUACGUCCCAAGAGCAAAGGAGCUUUCUUUCUAACGCUGAAAAUGGUUCAGAGUUGUCCAAAACGAAUGGGAAAUGGACAAUAAGCAGGUGGUUUUCCAAAAGCCCUUAUAUUAGUGCAUGGAGAGUGUACUUACAACAAGACGUGGUACUCCCCGGUGUAGCUCUUGCUUUACUUUAUUUUACUGUUCUUAGCUUUGGAACUCUAAUGACUGCUACAUUAGAAUGGGAGGGUAUACCUGCAUAUGUUAUUGGAAUUGCGCGUGGAGUAAGUGCUACAAUAGGAAUAGGAGCAACAUUCCUCUAUCCUAUCUUACAGUCUCGGAUUUCAACACUUAGAACAGGAAUCUGGUCCAUCUGGUCCCAGUGGACCUGCCUCUUAGUAUGUAUAGCUUCAAUAUGGGUACAAAACAACCUUGUAUCAGCGUAUAUGCUGAUGGGUGGAGUGGCUGCCUCACGCCUUGGGCUAUGGAUGUUUGACUUAUCAGUCGUUCAACAAAUGCAGGAUCAAGUUCCUGAAUCUGAUCGCAUUGUAGUGGGCGGUGUACAAAAUUCAAUUCAGUCUGUCCUGGACUUGAUGACCUAUGUCAUGUGCGUAAUCAUCUCCAAUCCCCAGGACUUCUGGGUGUUGAUUAUGAUAUCCUUUCUGUUGGUGACCCUGGCUGCAGGACUUUACAGUCUGCACAUUUACCGUGUGCGAAAGCAACUCGUUCACUUUGAGAAGUUGUAUCUAUUGUUCUCGCUGUAAAACAGUCAUAAAUUCAUAUCAGAAUAGAUGCUAGUGCUUUCUUAGUGAACACAAAAAGAAAAAGAAAAAAAUAAGUGUUUUGAGUUGUUGACGGUCUCUGUGACCUCCUCUGUAAGUCAUUUAUAUCCGUGUGAUAGGCACACCACCCUAACUUGGGGAGUUUUAGGCAAAUUUAUUCCAAGAGAAAAACUUGCCUUGGGGGGCUUAGCUGCUUUAUAAAGAUUUUAAUGUGAUAAUGAUUUC